UUUUUUAUUCUGUAUAAGAAAUAAAUUUAACGGCAUUACUGUUACAUUUUAGGAAAUUCAUCUAUGGACAAAAUUGCUGAGAAAGUUGAGAAUUUAGUAGGCCACCACAGAAAACUUGAAGAAGAUCUGGAGGAGUUGAGAAGCGAAUGGCAGGUUUUAAAGUGGAGGAAAACUGACGUUAAUUCAAGAAUACAAGCAGAGGUAGAGGUUCACUCGGACCAGGAGGUGAAAAAAGAAGUAGAAGGAUGGCUUGAAGAUGUUCAAAAGAUCGAACAAGACAUACAAGAUGUUGAAGAAAGAGUAGGCACAGUUCCAUACUACAAACGUGCCAGUCUUGAUAAACUUGUGCGUGAAAAAAUUGAACUGGUGAAGAGGAUUCAAGGGAGGGGCAUUUUCGAAGGAGGCCUUGGGAUUAAGAGAGCUCCAGCUUGUGGAAUGGUAAUUCCAACAGAAAAUUUAGAGGGUGAAAUUUCUACUAAAGAUGAAAUUUGGGAGCACUUGAUGGGCAACAAAGUUGGAAUGAUUGGGGUUUGUGGUAUCGGUGGAGUUGGUAAGACUACAAUCAUGAAGCAUGUUAACAAUGAUUUAUUGACGGGGAGUAGAUUUCAGAAAGUGAUUUGGGUUACUGUAUCAUAUCCUCUCAAUGUUUUAGAACUCCAAAAGAAGAUUGCACUUGCUAUGGGCAGAUCACUUCCAGAAGAUAAAGAAGAAAUAAUGCGAGCUGCCGCACUAAUGGAGAUAAUGGGAAGAAAUGGAUGCAAAGUAGUUAUCACUAGUAGAUCAGUUGAUGUAUGCAAUUCUUUGGGUUGUAAGAUUGUUAAAAAGCAGCCUCUUUCACCGCAGGAGUCCCUAAACUUAUUCCUGGAUAAGGUUGGACAUGAUGUUUUACAAGUUUCAGGAUUGGAAGAAAUCUUGAAGCUUAUUGUGCAGGAGUGCGCCGGUUUACCGCUGGCAAUUGUUGUAAUAGCAGGGGGCAUGAGGGGAGAAUAUGAUAUUAUAGAGUGGAGAAAUGCACUAAAUGAGUUAAGCCAGUGUGUAAAAAGUGUGAAAGGCAUGGAGGAUAAGAUAUAUGGGCGGAAGGAGUUGAUAGAAGGUUGGAUUGAUGGAGGAUUGAUUGAUGAGUUGGGAAAAAGACAAGAAGCUUAUGAUAGGGGUCAUGCUUUUUUAAAUAGGCUGGAAAAGAACUGUUUGUUAGAGAAAACAAUUGGUCAGGGUGGUCAAGUUUUUAAGAUGCAUGAUGUUGUACCGAAUGAGAGUGAGUGGGUAAGAGAUCUUAAGAAGGUAUCUCUAAUGGCAAAUGGCAUUUCAAAAAUUCCUGUUGGUUUGAUAUUGUCAAAUAAUGCUGAUUUGGCAGAGAUUCCAAGUUCCUUUUUUGAAGAUAUGGUCGGACUUAAGGUUCUUGAUCUUUCUGGUACUAGUAUUAAAGCUUUACCUGAUUCCAUCUCUAACUUGGUGAAUCUCUCUGCACUGCGGUUGAGGAAAUGCAAGAGGUUAAAGUACUUUCCUUCCUUAGCAAAGCUUAGCGCAUUGAAGAAGUUGGAUCUGCAUAAGGCAGGGAUUGAGGAGGUCCCUCAAGGCAUGGCGAUGUUGGUGAGUCUUGAAUAUCUUGAUUUAUUUUGUCCAAAACUGAAAGAGAUUCCAACGGGAAUAUUACCUAGCCUUCCCACUCUCCAGUACUUGGUUGUAUAUCUAAGCAGUGCAAUGACUAAAAGGAUAAAUUUAGAGGAGGUUGCUAGACUGAGCAAGUUGCAGAGUUUGGAAUGUGGAAUAGAGGUUAUACAAGACUUUAACUAUCUGGCCAAUAAGUCUAAAGAUUUUGAAAGUCUUAUGGCUUAUGGUCUUCGAUUGACAACAGGUAAACAAGACAUCACAGCUCAUGGAUUUUCUGAUGAAUAUCAACAUAAGGUUUUAAUCCUUGAUUGUGAGAUUGGAGAAGAAUGUAUAGCGCUUCCAGAUCAGCUUGAGGGGAUAGAGUGCAUGGUUGAGUUGGACUAUUCCUCCUCUUCAUUGAGUUGUCCAGUACUGGAUAAGGUUGAAAAGUUGUAUAUUAAUAACUCGCCUAACUUGAGUGCACUUGUGAGAGUGGAAGGAGUAGCAACACCACAGCCUGUCUUUUCCAAUCUUAAAAGCCUUCUUCUACAUACUUGUUCAGGAAUGAGGACGUUGCUUCCGUUUGAGCUAUUGCAUGCCUUCCAAAAUUUAGAGGAGAUUUGGAUUAGUUUUUGCAAACAAAUGGAGGAGAUAAUAGCAUCAUCAGAUUCAGAUGCAUCAUCUGAUAUAUUCAAUUUUCCCAAGUUAAGGAAAUUGAGAUUGGACUAUUUACCCCAAUUGAAGAGCAUCUGUAGUGGCAAAGGAGUUAUGGUUUGUGAUUCUAUUGAAGAAAUUACAGUACGUCACUGUCGGAAGUUACAGAGGAUCCCUUUGCAACUUCUCCUGCUUGAUAAUGGCCAGCCAGCUCCUCCUCCUCAUCUCAGAGAAAUCAACAUAGUUGAACGGGAGUCAAAAGAAUGGUGGGAAUCACUGGAGUGGGAUCAUCCUAAUGCUCAGAACAUGCUCCAACCUUUCUUGAAAUUACAUCAUAUGAUGAGUAAAUUAAAUAUGUCACGUGGGACCCCAAUAACACGUGCCAAAAAACCCCUCUUCCUCCGCUCCACAACGAAAACAAUGGAAAUGUGCGGCUGGGAAUUUGACAUAGGGGAAGCCAAUGUAGGAGAGCAGGUAUUCUAGAAUUGAUGAGAUUGAGAUGCAUCCACCCUUAACAUUCUGCUCUGCUGUCUCAUAAACUCCAACUAUGUAA